AUAGAUCAUGCCCUGGCCAUCUGUUACUUGAAUCCUUUUCAUAAAAUUCUCCAUAUCGCUUUCGCCGCCUUAGAAUCGAUAUAUCUUAGACUCGUGGACGGCAGAGCAAAUCACCUCUCCUGUGAAGCCUUCAACACAUAGCCAUCCCUCACAACAACCCUUCACAGAUAUCGUUUUGGGGAUUUGUUCUUUCAUCAACUCACUGACAACACCUUAAUAUCAAUCGAUCGUACAUGGACUCCGCAGCUUGGCUCACGCCCCCAGUUCAGUUGACUGGGAGUCGUGUAUUCACCUGUGAUGGCUUCACCGAAGCGCAAUGUUCCUGGUAUAUGAAAAGAUGGCAUUUUUGGUACAUCGCGGACCACGUCUACGCUCUACCAACAGUAGCCUUCUUCAUGACUGGCAUUGGACUAUUCACAAUUGGUCACUUAGUAUCCUACUACAUUCUUGGCCUUGCCCUUCCGAGAUUCCGAGGGCCUAGGCCUUGGCGCAUGCUUAUCGCCGUCAUCAGAUAUCUCUCAUAUCGUGGAUUCCAUGUCGCAUCACUUGGGUUCAACUCGGCUCCUGUUGGAGUGCUUUUACUUGGACUUACUGGAACAAUCUUCUUUUUCUGCAUGGACUUAAUUCCUCAGCCGUACUAUUGGCCCUCGCUAGAUUUUGGUGGCUCACCACCAUUAGGAACAAGAUCAGGAUGGUUGGCUUUGGGUUGCAUGCCCUUUGUAUUUGCUACGGCAACCAAGACAAACUGGAUUACCUUACUAACAGGCGUCUCACACGAGAGACUCCAAGUAUUCCAUCGAUGGAUCGCUUACGCCUUUUUCAUACUGGCUCUCUUGCACACAUUCCCGUUUAUUGUCUAUCAUAUCAGAUUUCAUGAUAUGCAGAUGCAUUUCAAGAUGAGCCUUUUGUUCUAUUGGACUGGCAUCGUCGCCUUGGUCUUUCAAGCCUGGCUUACCUUUGCGUCUCAUAGUGCCAUUCGAAAGUUGCUGGGAUAUGAAUUCUUCAAGGCGACGCACUUCUUUGCUGUUGUCAUAUUCAUGCUUACUUUCUUUUGGCACUGCGACUAUACCCUAACAUCUUGGCACUAUUUCAUAGGAACAGCUGCUGUAUAUGUUCCUUGCUACGUCUACCCCUGGCUCCGAACCUGCUUUGAGUAUGGUGUUCGAACAAAGGCCCAUGUCAAAGUAGAAGACAACGGUUUCGUGCGUGUUACUAUUCCUGCAAACUUUACAUGGGAAAUAGGACAGCACUGCUUCCUGCGCUUCACUGGUUUUGGACUUACACAAGCCUUGUCAGCGCACCCAUUUACCAUUUGCUCCUUACCAGCAACAUCCCCAGAUGGCCAGUCAUUCCUUGUCUUUUAUCUCAAGAAACACCAAGGCUUUACUGCAAAGCUAUAUGAGUAUGCCUUGCAGAACCCAGGAGCUCAGGUCUCAGUGCUGGUUGAUGGACCAUACGGGGGCAUCAAUACACAGGCUUACGUGAACAGCAACAAUCUCGUUGUCAUUGCGGGAGGGUCAGGGGCUGGAUGGACGUUGCCUUUCAUCGAGCAGUAUAUCGCAACUAAAACAGGUCAGAGCGAUGAAGGCUGCAAAGAAGGCCAAAGAGAGGGAUCUCCGUUUUCAUCACUCCGUGUGAUACUAGCAAGUCGAGAUGUUGAGAGCUGCAGCUGGUAUCGACAAGUUGUGAGCGAAACGUUGCUCAAGUACUCAGACAAAAUGAUCUCGGGCUUGCAAGUGCAGGUUCAUCGCACCGGUGGAGCCAUAGCAGAAUCAAGCCUCCCAUCAAACAGUAGCUUCGUGCCUGGCAACAAAGAGUCGGGAAGUGAAAGAGCGUCAGAAAGUCUGGUCUCAUUUGACGAACUACAUGGUCGACCCGACUUGCCAGGAAUUCUGAAAGGAGUGUUAAACGGCAUGCCAUCGACCGACUCGCUUGGGGUAUACGUUUGUGGUCCGGAUACUAUGCAGAAUGAUGUUCGAAACUCCGUCGCAUCUCUAAACUUGGAUAUUCUCGGUGGUGCUGAUUGUGCGGGAGUUUACUUGCAUUCUGAACACUUCUCUUGGGCGUAAGAAUAGGUGUCAAGUUAGAUUGCGAUAGAGGUGGCCAAUAGAAUUCAUCUCUGAGAUCAGUUGCAAGCCACACCAAUUCUUCUCCAAGCUGCGACAACCUCUCC